AUGAGCGAACCCUCCCCCAACUCCCCAUUCAUGUGCAAUACCAGCGGCUCCAUCUACACUGGUAUGGCCCUACGAAAAGUCCCGACUAAUUCUUACCACAACACCACUACGGACCAAGCCCAGUCCACAACAUUCUCAGUACCACCUGGAGAGCUCAAGGGUCCCAUGUGGGGCCUCUCGUGCUACGAUGAUGUCCAAGGCCUCUACACAUACAAGGAGAUUGACCCGUUGAACAUUCCGCUUCCUCCUUCAGCGUCAGUCAAUAUUCACCACACCCAAUACUCUUGCGGACCUUACGCUGGCUCCUGUUUCACCCAGGGGUAUAACCACGACGUCUACUCUGAACAGACCUAUUCAAUGUCUUCGGAUUUGUCUCAAGGGCUGCUUCUAUCCAGCUCUCAGGAGUCGCAUGACGGCACCAUUUACAGUUACGAGACUCCCUCUAGGACCAACCACGCGCACCACUCGCACAGCUCUUCAUUUUCUGACAUGGGUCAGCCAGCCUCUUAUCACGAGGAGUUGCACGCCUCCUCUUACGACUCGCAACAGUCGUGUUUCUCCGACGAGUCGCGGUUGUCUUCCUUCUCCGAAACCCCACGGACUCCAUUUUCAAUUCAGGAGUUGCCAUGCGCCAUGGAGAAGUUCUCAACCUACUUCCAUGAAUCCCCCAAACCCGCGGAUAUGGAUAUCCUCUCACCUGAAGGAUCGGACUCUGACCAGGGUUCCAGUGAAGCUUGUGGAACCGCCGUCCAACAACUUGAGAGAGUCUCCUCCCUUCUGUCUUCAACUCCUACGGGACACUUCUCGAACGUUGACCCACGGGUGAGAGCAACAUCAUUGUUCAACACCCACGUUCCAAAGAGGGUCUCAAUUGAGAAUUGCGAAGAAAUAAAGGCCCUAAAGAUCAAACGCCCCCUCAAGAAGCCCAAGGUUCUGAAGGAGUUUCCCUCUGUGGCAGACUUUGUGUAUGACCCCAAUCAUGAGUAUGAUCCCUUCGUGCAGCCCACCUCGGCUGCUAUGGCGAUGCUCAUGAGUUGCUUGAAGCCAACCAAGAAGGAUCAGGUUAUGAUUCUGAAGGAAAAUAAGCGCCAAUUCUGGCAGCCAAACUCCAAAUACCGAUGCCACUCAUACGUGGACCGGAUUCUGGCUAGUGAGACACUCAUUGCCAUGCUCUUCAAGUCUAAGAAGGGCCCAAUUGCCUGCAACCACUGCUCCCUCAAGUUUGAGAAUUACUUGGCGAUUGCUGCCCAUUUCGAUCAGUACAACGUCACACGUCCUGGACGGUGUAAGUAUGACGAUUGCCUCUCCUCUGUCCUUGGGUUUGCUUCGCCUUCUGAGCAGAGCCGGCACACAAAGACUCAGCAUGGAAACACUGCUUACACAUGCAGUGCUGAGGGUUGCGCUUACCACAGUCCUCGACUUGACUGUGUGAAGCGUCACUAUUGCAAAAACCAUGGGGAAGAGGCUGACUCCAAGGUCCUCUCAAAAGGAGUGCGGGCUCUCAAGGAUCUGCCCAACAAGUUCCAGGAUGUUAAGAAGUCAAAAACACUGACUGACGAAGAGGUUCGUCAGCAGGUGGCUCCUAUCCUGGCGAAGUUGCGUGAGCUCCUGUAG